AUGGGAGCAGCCAUGGACCUGCGCUGUGGGGUCCUCAUCUGCUUUCUGCUCUUGGGAGGCACGGAGCCAUGCUGCUCACAGACCAUUUGGAGCAGUGAGACCAGCUCCCUGUUGCCCUCUAGGCCCCCCGUGGUGGUGGAGUGUCUGGAGGCCCAGCUGGUGGUCACUGUCAGCAAAGACCUUUUCGGUACUGGGAAGCUCGUCCGGCCUGCAGACCUCACCCUGGGUCCGGAGAACUGUGAGCCCCUGGUCUCCGCGCACAUGGAGGAUGCGGUCAGGUUUGAGGUCGGGCUGCACGAGUGUGGCAAUGGGGUGCAGGUGACGGACAGCGCUCUGGUAUACACCACCUUCCUGCUCCACAGCCCCCGCCCUGCGGGAAACCUGUCCAUCCUGAGGACUAACCGUGCCGAGAUUCCCAUCGAGUGCCACUAUCCCAGGCACAGGAACGUGAGCAGCCAGGCCAUCCUGCCCACCUGGGUGCCCUUUAGGACCACGAUGCUCUCAGAGGAGAAGCUGGUUUUCUCCCUCCGCCUGAUGGAGGAGGACUGGGGCUCUGAGAAGCGGUCCCCCACCUUCCAGCUGGGAGACGUAGCCUACCUCCAGGCCGAAGUCCACACUGGUAGCCACGUGCCACUGCGACUGUACGUGGACCACUGCGUGGCCACGCUGACACCGGACCGGAGCGUCUCCCCUCGUCACACCAUCGUGGACUUCCACGGCUGUCUUGUGGAUGGUCUCUCUGAUGCCUCUUCGUCCUUCAAAGAGCCCAGACCCAGGCCAGAGACCCUGCAGUUUACAGUGGACAUGUUCCACUUUGCUAAUGACUCCAGAAACCUGAUCUAUAUCACGUGCCAUCUGAAGGUCACUCUGGCAGACCGAGUCCCGGACCAGCUAAACAAAGCCUGUUCCUUUAACAAGUCCAGCAGGAGGUGGUCCCCCGUAGAGGGCACUGCUGACAUCUGCCGCUGUUGUAACAAAGGCAGCUGUGGCCUUCCAGGCCGUUCCAGGAGGCUGUCCCGUCUAGAGAGAAGGGGGCGCAAGUCUGCUUCCCAAACCCGAAAUCGCAGGCAUGUGACCGAAGAAGCAGAGAUCACCGUGGGGCCUCUGAUCUUCCUGGGAAAGGCUGGUGAUCCUGGGGCGGAGGGGUCCACAUCCCCUCACGCCUCUGUGAUGCUGGGCUUCGGCCUGGCCACGGUGCUCUCCCUGACUCUGGCUACCCUCGUCCUGGUCCUUUCCCGGAGGCGCCGUGCUGCUUCCCGCUCUGUGAUCUGCCCUGUGCCUGUUCCCCAAUAA